CGGUCAUGUGAUCAGCUGUGUCCAAUCACAGCCGAUCACAUGGGACAUGUACACUGAUCAUCAGGGCACUGAUGAUCAGUGUGCCCUGAUGAUCAGUGUGGCCCCAAAAGUGCCACCUGCCAGUGCUCAUCAGUGCCACAUCAAUGCCACCUAUCAGUGCCACAUCAAUGCCACCUAUCAGUGCCACAUCAAUGCCACCUAUCAGUGCCACAUCAGUGCCACCUAUCAGUGCCAUAUCAGUGCCACAUCAAUGCCACCUAUCAGUGCCACAUCUGAUGCCUGCCUAUCAGUGCCACCCAGUGCCACAUCAGUGCCCAUCUGAG